AUGGACACAAAUCUAAAGUAUAUUUCUUCGGCAAAUGCCAACAGCAACUUAAAAAAUUAUUACAAUCCAUCACCAUUAUACAGCAAUCAAACACAAAUAGGACAAGGUAAUGCUAGUCACAAGAAGAAUCCAACCUAAAUCAACUUCAUAUAAAAUUAGCCUAAUUUAAUUCAGAAUAAUUAGCAUGGAUUUUAUGGAAUGAUUACAAAUGAAACAUAGAUGCUAGAUAUUCUAGGUAGAAUGUGCAUGGAAGUAGAUAUGAUGGUCAAUAAACACAAAGAAGAAGAGUAUCUACUGGACUUUGAUUUAAAUUUUCAGCAUAAUUAUUAAACUCAAAAUUUCCCUACUCUUAUUCAGCCUUUGGAAUCCAAUCAAACUAGCAAAAUCAAUCAAACUAAUUCUUAGAGUUAAGGAAAAUCGAUUCUAAUGAAUAAAUCUAAAUCUCCUUUAAGAAUAGCUUAGAAAGCCUAUGAAAGUAAUAGUGAGAUUACCAAUAAUAAUCAAGAACAAUCAUCAAAUAGUAAGAAGACAGAGAUACCUCCAAAUGAUGACCUCAUAAGAAGACUCUAUGCAUUUCAAUCAAAGACCGAGGCUAAAUAAAGACAGCUUGUUGAGCAGAGAUAAGAAUAGCUUAAGCAAGAACACCCAGGUGUACCCUAGCUUACGGCUACAAAGAAAGAAUUCUAAUCUCUUAAGCAAAGAGUCCCAAUAUAUAAAAGGAUAGAAGAUGAGAUUAAGAAAAAAGAGAACAAGAUUCAACAAAUCAAAGAAAAACAAGAAACUGAAAGGAAAAUGAGGAAUGCCUAGCUUGGAAUAGUAGAUGAUGAGGAGAUACUAAGAAUGAAGAAGGAAAAAGACUUGAUUUUGAAGGGUAAAUUUAACAUUGAGUCUUUUGAGCAGCGAUAUGAGAGAGAAAUAAAGCAGUUGUUUGAUAAGCAAAAGAAGAGGGAGUAGGAGCGAUAGAAUAAAGAUGUCUCUAAUUUUAGUUUUACACCUAACCUGAAAGCAAGCAGCAAGGCUAAAUCCCCUCUCUAAUCAACUAGGAACUAAGGACUAGAAAUGUCUAAGAGCAAUAACAAGUAGGGAGUGAAGAAUAAGAUUAAGCAGCUGGAACUUUAAAAGAUGAUGACUCCCAGUUUCAAGCCUAAUCUAAACUAACUUUCAAUGAGAAUAGUUCAGAAUAAUAAGGAUAGCAGUAAAAAUAGUACUCUAAAUUCAAACAGAAGGAAUAGAAUGAACAGUGAUGACGACCUUCAAAGGCAUUUCAAGUCUUUGAAAAAUGAUUUGCAUUACAACACAGAAGAUAAGUUUAAUAAUUUGGAGGUAAAUGAAGAGGAGAGAGACUACUUCUCCUACAUGGCCAAGACUAUUGAUUAAAAGUAAGAUUAAAACAUCCUCUCUGUUUGA